ACUAUGAAGUGCAACAGCUUUGAGGUGGUCCUACAUCUUACACUUUUCAGCAUUGACUGCUCACAACAAGUUCCAUCAACAUCACCGUGAAGACUUAGAGGAGCUUGUUGACAUGACAGCAUCUCUUGAUGGAGGACUUGAUGAGAUCCAUGGAGGGAUCAGACUUCUUACUGCUGUCAGCCAUGUCUUUUGACAGGUGAGUGUGAAGAGGAUGAGAACAUGAGGCCUGAUUUCCAAUUGGAAAAAGGUGUGUUCAUGCACCAGGUGGAGGCCUUGAAGAACAGCAGGUGUUGGAAGCGCCAUCAUAAAUCAUUGAUCAUGGAUGAAUCACGAUGACACCGAGCCAACGAAAAAAAGUGUAACGACAUCAGCAGAAGGGAAAAAUGAACAUAUUUGGCUGCUUUCUGUUACAAAUCUUCGUGGCAGGCCCCUCCAUAUACGUAGUGUAGGGCCCCGCAAUCCGUGGGGGCCAUGUUUUGCACCAAGAAGCACAUGUAAAAGGCCAAUUAAUGGAGAACACCUCAUCAAAUUUUAACCCUAGGCAAGAUUUGUCAUGAGUUUGCAUCACAUUUUACAAAUUAAAGUCUUGGGAGGGUUAAAGUAAAAGAGGAGAACGCCUCUUCAACUUGGAGGCCAAUCGCAGGCAGUCUUCAUCCUGUGAGUCAUCCUUAUAAGGUGGACGACUUCUUACUCUUCUCAGCAUUGACUGCUCACAACAAGUUCCAUCAACAUCACCGUGAAGACUUGGAGGAGCUUGUCGACAUGACAGCAUCUUUUGAUGGAGGACUUGAUGGAUGCAGAAUUCAAUGGAACAUUUAUAACUCUUGGUGGCUUUGUAGAAAUGGACAAGUUUAGAUAUCUUUACUUUGUCAUCUUGUUGACAUUAUAUAUUCUCAUCCUCUGCACUAACUGCACCAUUAUAUGUCUAAUCUGGAUCCACAGGAACCUUCAUGAGCCUAUGUACAUUUUCAUUGCAGCUUUGUCACUCAACUCUCUUUUGUUUAGCACUGCUCUCUACCCCAAACUUUUCUUUGAUGUCUUAUCUCAAAAACAGACCAUUUCUUAUCCUGCUUGUCUGUUUCAAUAUUUUCUCUAUUAUUCUUUUGGUGCUUCAGACUUCUUACUGUUGUCAGCCAUGUCUUAUGACAGGUAUGUGUCUAUCUGCAAACCUCUGCAGUAUCCAACUAUCAUGGGAAAAAGAACUGUUGUUGUCCUCUUGACUUUGGCCUGGUUUCUACCUGCAUGUGAGGAUGUGGUGCCAACUGUGAUUAAUUCUCAACAAAAACUUUGUGACUUUACAACAAAAGGCAUUUUUUGUAACAAUACAAUUUUUAAGCUUCACUGUGUAAAAUCAGCAUUUCUUAAGGCUCAUGGUUUGUUUGUAAUGAUGAAUCUUGUUGUUGUUCCUGUGAUGUUCAUCCUUUUUACGUACAUAAAGAUAUUUAUAGUAACUUAUCACAGUUGUGCAGAAGUCAGGAAAAAAGCGGCAGAGACAUGUUUACCUCACCUGAUGGUUUUAUUCAGCUUCUCUUGUUUGUGUCUGUUUGAUGUCAUCAUUGCUCGAUUGGAGUCAGGUCUUUCAAAAUUUGUAGGUUUAAUAAUGACUUUACAAAUACUUGUGUAUAAUCCUCUGUUCAAUCCGAUCAUUUAUGGAGUGAAAAUGAAAGAAAUCUGGAAGCACAUCAAGAGAUUGUUUUAUCAACUGGUGCACUAAAGAAAAUGAUCCCACUUGUUCGCUACUUGGAUGAGAGGGGAAACGUCUUCUAAGACAAACCAAACAGUCCAGUUGUGAUCGUUUGAAUGCCCUGAGAACACAAUGACCCGGGUGAGUGACAACAUCCAUAGACAUAGGAUUGAAGUCUUUAUUUUCCCAAGUGAUUCUUUAAGAAAAGUCAUUCACAUCAUCAUAUGGUGUUUAUAAGAUGUAUACAUGGAAGAAAAAGGAAGCGAAGAGCCGUGCUGUCUGUUGUCAUUUUAUAUGAAUAAUUGUAUUGCUUUAUCAACAUUAAGUUAAUGCUAAGUCAAUAUCCUGCAUUUAUUGACACAUUUAUACAUUGGUUGUCACUUUCAACUUCUGUACUAAUUUAUUGUAAAUGUAACUAUAAUUUCAAUUGUGCAUAUGACAACUCACAUUUUAAUUUGAAUUGUGAUUUUUAUUUUAUUUUAUGGCUUCUUGUAAUUUUCUGUAAAACCCUUUAAAAUUCCUUGUGUAUGAAUUGUGCUCUAUAAAUAAACUUGUCGU